UUGCGGCAUCCGUCAUGAUCAUCCUUGUUCACCGUUUUUUGUGGCGGCGCAUCGUGAACGAGCGCAACGUUUUUCGAUUUGCCUGUGAAAUACCGUGAAAAAUCUUGAUUGUUAUUCGAAAAUUUGACUACCAGUGGCCACAGUUUGGAUGCACGAUGGCUUCUUUUCUGGAGUAUUCGUCAAUAAGCUCGGAAGUGAGAGGUGCGAUGUGUCCCGGAAAGCUGAAGAUGACCGACACGGCGAUCGUAUUCAAGAACGAGAAAACCGGAAAGGUCGAGCAGAUUAACGCUUCGGAUAUUGACCUGAUCAACUACCAGAAAUUUGUGGGAAACUACGGAUUGAGAGUGUUUAUGAAGAAUGGACUGCUGCACAGAUUUAUUGGGUUCACGGGAGACGAACAGAAGAUUGCGGACUUUGUUAAGAAAAACUACAAGUUGGACAUGCUGGAGAAGGAGCUGUCAACUCGAGGCUGGAAUUGGGGAACGGUUCACUUCAAGGGCAGUGUGCUGUCAUUCGAUGUAGAAAGUAAAACCAGCUUUGAGAUUCCGCUGAAUCACGUUUCUCAGUGUAACAGUGGCAAGAACGAAGUUACGGUGGAGUUUCAUCGGAAUGAUGAUGCACCGGUUAACCUUAUGGAGAUGCGGUUCCACAUUCCUACAGCUGAAUCGGCUGAAACGGAUCCGGUCGAGGCAUUCCAGGAGCAGGUCAUGAAGCAAGCUUCGGUCAUCUCUGCCACUGGCGAUGCGAUUGCAAUCUUCCGAGAGAUUCACUGUCUCACGCCCCGUGGUCGCUACGAUAUCAAGGUGUUCCAGAGCUUCUUCCAGCUGCACGGUAAAACAUACGAUUUUAAGAUUCCCACAUCGUCGGUGCUGCGAUUGUUCCUGCUUCCGCACAAGGACAACCGGCAGAUGUUCUUCGUCAUUUCGUUGGACCCGCCGAUCAAGCAAGGUCAAACUCGGUACCACUUUUUGGUAACGCUGUUCCAGAUGGAAGAGGAAACAAGCAUUGAGUUACCGUUCACAGAUGAAGAGCUGAAAGAAAAGUAUGAGGACAAAUUAACCAAAGAGUUGUCCGGUCCGGUGUACGAAGUGUUGGGAAAAAUUAUGAAGGUGAUCAACAACCGAAAGAUGACGGGACCGGGAACAUUCAUUGGUAAUACGGGAACACCUGCAAUAGGUUGUUCGUACAAGGCUGCUGCCGGUUAUCUUUACCCUCUGGAGCGUGGUUUUAUCUACGUGCACAAACCACCUGUUCACAUCCGGUUCGAGGAAAUAGCUUCGGUCAACUUUGCCCGUAGUGGUGGUUCCACCAGAAGUUUUGACUUUGAAAUCGAACUUAAGGCAGGCACUAUCUACACGUUCAGCAGUAUCGAGAAGGAGGAGUACGGAAAGCUGUUCGAUUUUAUCUCAUCGAAGAAAUUGCAUGUGAAGAACACCGGCAAGGACGGCAAGAACAACUACAAGGAAGACUUUGCCGACUCGGAUAACGAAGGAGAACCGGAUGCCUAUCUGGCGCGCGUCAAGGCCGAAGCUAAGGAACGUGACGACGAUGACGAUGGAAGCGAUUCGGAUGAAUCGACCGAUGAGGACUUUAAUCCGAACCAGCAGGAAUCCGAUGUUGCAGAUGAAUUCGAUUCGAAUGUGGAAUCCACUUCGGAGGACUCCGACGAGGAUGGUGGCGGUAGCGGUUCCGACGAUGGGGCCAAGAAAAAGGAGAAAAAGAAAGAAAAGAAGGAGAAAAAGGAGCGAAAGGAACGCAAAGAAAAGAAAGAACGUAAGGAGAAGAAACCUAAGAAAUCGAAAACGGGCGGUCCGAAGCGUCCUGCGACGGCCUUCAUGAUGUGGCUGAACGCCAGCCGGGAGACCAUCAAGAAGGACAAUCCGGGCAUUUCGGUAACGGAAAUUGCUAAGAAGGGUGGUGAAAUGUGGAAGGAAAUGAAGGACAAAUCCGAGUGGGAGGGAAAAGCAGCAAAGGCCAAGGAAGAGUACGCUGAAGCGCUGGCUGCUUACAAGGCUUCCGGAGGUGGUGGUAGCGACGACGAAGGCGGCAAAGGCAAGGCCGCCAAAAGGAAGAAGGAAGUGUCCACGCCGAAGAAGUCUUCAGCUUCGCCGAUGAAGGGAAGCGGUUUCAAGAGCAAGGAAUACAUUUCCGGUGAUGAUUCGUCCAGCAGCGACGAUGAAAAUAAGGAUACGAAGAAGGCCAAGAAGGGGUCUGGUGAUGAGAAAGAGAAGAAGUCCGAUAAAAAGAAAUCAAAGAAAUCCGACUCAGAAGCAGAAUCAGAAGCGUCUGGCAGUGGAUCUGAAGAAGAGGAGGAUGCGGCAGGCAGUGAUUAGGCUGGUUCGCAUUUCUCACAUAGCAGUUGAUUAUAAACAGGUCACGUGUCCAACACUAGGUACGUGUCCUACACUCAAUUUUAUUGAUACAUCUCCAUGAAAUGCCGGCACUUCAAUUUUGAAUGUUUGAAUGAAUGAUCGUUGGAACCGAAUCUAAGGAUAAGUAUUAGACAGGAUAUUUUCGUUUUACAUUGCGAUCUUUUUAUAUUAUCGUGUAAGAUUAUUGAUAGGCUAACAAUGGCAUACCUGUACAAAUUCCAAAA